UUCCUGUGAAGCCCCGCCUCCUGUGUGGGAGGAGUUGUUGUUGUUGCUGAGCGGAGUGCUGGCCGCAGGCGGCGCUCUCCGGGUUGUGUGUGUGUGUGUCUGAUGGCUCUGUGCGGGGGUGUGGGAGCCUCGUCCCUCCCCAGCGAGCUGGUAGUUCAUAUCUUCUCCUUCCUGCCGGCCCCGGACCGGCUCCGGGCCUCCCUGGCCUGUUCUCACUGGAGGGAAUGUCUCUUCUACCCGGCUCUGUGGCCGGAACUCCGCCUCAGCCUGCGCCUCUCCCUGGCCGAGCGGCCGCGCCUCGAUUUCCUCCUGCGGAGGUGCGGCGGCUUCGUGCGGGAGCUGCGGGUGGAGUUCGCUGCCGAUAAUUACCUGGCCGUGGGCGCCGAGAGCAGCGGAGGGGCCGGGGGAGCUUCACCGCCCUCCACCGACCAGCAGGGGGAGCCGCACCUGUCCGAGAGAUGGGCUGACGUCAUCAGGACCUACCUGGAGCUGGUCCAGUGUGUGCUGAGCAGUAUCCGGGGCAACAGGAACCUUCAAAAGCUGAGCCUUGUUGGAGACAUCAGUAUUUUGCAGCAGAAUGGCGCUGUCACCAGCCCGUAUUUAAAUAAAGUGGAUCCCGGGAGCAAGAAGGUCCGACACAUCCAGCAGCUCUUCGAGGAGAUUUUGGCGAACAGCCGGCAGUUGAAGUGGCUGUCUUGCGGGUUCAUGCUUGAGAUAGUCACCCCCACCUCCUUGGCCUCCCUGUCCAAUCCAGUCGCCAGCACCUUAGAACAUGUCAGUUUAUUGGAUAACCACUCUCCUGCCAGCAUCACCUUGAUCACCGCCGUGGAGUUGGAGCGCUUCGUCAACCUGCGCUCCCUGGCCCUGGACUUCUGCGACUUCACGGCGGAAAUGGCCAGGGUGUUGGCCAACAACAACCACGUGCCUUUGCAUCGACUGUCCCUCCUGGUUCACAGCACUUCCCUGAAGAGCAAAACCCUGGAUAAGAUGCCGGACGACGAGGACUGGAAGGCCCUGACCCAGAACAGCACCAACCUCCGGGUCUACAUGAUGGCGUUCGAUGUCAAAAGUGACGACAUGCUCCGGAUUUUGAAGCCCAGCAUACCCCUGGAGCGGAUUCACUUCGACAGCUACAUCACCUGCGUGACCGGGGCCGUGGUAGACCUCAUAUCCCGGCAGUACGACGCAUUCCUGACCCACUUCAUCCUGAUGAAUGAUGUCAACGACAUGUCCGGUUUUCCAGAUCUCAGCGACAGUAGGAAUGAAGAUCCGUUGGUUCUGUUGGCUUGGAGGUGCAUGCGGCUGUCCAUGCUGGCUAUUCACGGCUACACCGUAUGGGCACACAACCUCAUAGCAAUCGCUCGUCUCCGGGGGCCAGACCUAAAAGUCCUGGAGGUCACAGAGGAGAGCAUAGACUUUGACCAAAGCGAGCUGGCCGACCAAGAUGUGGAUCCAGUGCACAACCUGAUAGAACAGGUAUCGAUCGGAUUAGCACGACCUUGGCAGGCGGUCAUGGACAUUGAACUGCUCAGCGUCUUCACCGAACCGGCUCGCCACUUUUACAGAGAGAUGCAAAACUUCAGCGAAGGCAUUUAGCAUUUUUAUUUCUCCUAGAAGUUUCCUGUGGUUACAAUAUGCAAAUAGGGUCUUCUAAUGUUUCCUCAGUAGAGUGAGUUAACCCUUUUUGUGCUGUGUUUAAUCAGUAUUAGCUAUAUAAAAAUUGUAUGUGUGUAUCUUACUUCUUGAUGAAAAGAAGGAAAAAAAAAAAGAACAGAAAAGGAAAGUCGGAUAUUUGGUAAUGAAGUCGAACGUGACAGUGUUCAGGGCUUUCACGGUUAAAAGUGCUCCUCUGGGGGGGGAGGGGACGUUCUUGGUCAAAACGUUUUUGGAGAGCGACCUUCUCUAGUCUACGGGGAUCUUCAGCACCAGAAACUGGUGCAAUGACAAACAAGAGCACUUAACGGGCUUUAGGGACUUCCUUGUGUGUCUUGUGUACGACUGCUUUGUUUAUCAGACCAACAUUUGGGGGGGCUGGGGGCUUGUUUCAAUAGAUGAAGUUUGCCUCGCUUUGUGUAUAAUGAACUGCAUUGCUAGCAAGGCCUAGUGACUUAAAAAGACUCUAAGAAAAACCUACAAAGGGUUUCUUCCUCAGGUUGCUAACUUUUUGGUAUUUGUGCUUUUUCGGUUUACCAAGUAACUUUGCAUUGUGUGCUUUUCCUUCUUUUUUUUUUUUUCCUUUUUUCCUUUUUUAUUUUGUCCUACCCCCAAAUGCUGUGCAUGGACGCCAAAAUAAUUUUAUUUUUUAAAUACUGGUGUGCCAGUGAGUGUUAAACGCACAGUCUCGUGUUCUAGAAUCGUGCUUUUUACUUGGUAAAGAAAAUGUUAAGCUGA